UCGAGGACAUCAAGCUUCUUUUUCAGCCUUCUUUUUCUCUGCUGUGAUUGUGAGACUCUGGACUCUGUGCAGGUGACCUCAGCAAGCUUCGAGUCAGCCGAGCUUGUUUGCAUCCUUCAUCUUCUUCUAGAAACUCCAAGCUGCUGAAGACAAUGGAACCUUCUUCGAUUCCCUGAAAGCACGUCUUGUACUUUGGCGGGCCACCAAAGGACCUCGAGCGCCGAACAAGUGAAUUCAUAAACAAGACCCUCGCUCGCCUUUGAUUGUUUGACCGAGACCUCGCAACUCUUCCGUCUUGCAACCCGCAAGAAUGGAAGCCAAAAUAAACUGCGACAUUUGCCACCGCGGCCACCAUAGCAAGGACCGGCCGUUCCUUUGUGUCGUGGAUGCGAGGAACCGUCUCUAUGAGACCCGUCUCGAGUACACCAAGGCGCUUAUUGAGACAGACCAGCUCGAGCGCGAGGUGAAUGCCGCCAUUUCCAGCGAGACGGGACAGAUCCCCAACAAAGCUGUCCGGCUGGAGACGCUCAAGUCGGAUACGGCAGCUGCAGUUGAGCGAACGAACGAGAUCAUCGCGCAGGCCGACAAGUUGAGAAGCGAGGUUGAUGCUGCGCGAAAGGCGAUCGAGGAUAAGAAGAAGCUGCUCGCCCAACGGAGAUCUGAUCUUAAGGCUGUGUCGACUGGUGCCGAAGCCAGGAGAAGCAGGCAGCUGGAAGAGGCGCAACGAGCCAUCCACAGAACCAGGUACAAAUGGAAUCGCAGUGCCGACACGAUGGCGGCGACGAGAGCCUUCUUGUGUGAGGAAGCCGCCAGGCUGUAUGGGCUGCGCCAGGUCAAGAAGGGCAGCACCAAGCGGUUCGAAAUUGGCGGUGUCGAAAUCUUUGACCUCCAUGCCAUGAAUAAUUUGUCGCCCGAAGUGAUAUCGACUGUCUUCGCCCAUGUGGCGCACAUUCUCGUGUUGGCCUCGCAUUAUCUGGCGAUCCGGCUGCCGGCGGAAAUCACACUCCCUCACCGUGACUACCCUCGCCCGACAAUAUUCUCGAUGAACUCUUCCUACCACCAUGGGGAUGUACCAUUCCCCGGAACAGCCAUGUCAGGACAAUCUGGAAAUCCACGGCCCCGUCCGCUCUUCAUCGAAAAGGCGCUCCUGACACUGGCAAAGGACGAUCCAAACACGUACUCUGCGUUCCUUGAGGGCGUUGGUUUGCUGGCGCACGAUGUUGCUUGGCUGUGUGCAUCGCAAGGAGUCUCCUUCGGGGACAGGGAAUCGUACGACGAUGUUUGCAACAUCGGACACAACCUGUGGCGGCUGCUCAUUGGUGAUCAACUCCACCGCCGGUCUGUCGAACCAACCUUCCCGUCUUCGCUCACACCACCAGCCGGGAGUCCAAGGGAUGGGGACAAUGGCGAUGUGACAAAACCAAAGUCAAUGAUUGGUCGCUGGUCGCAUGGGACGGCUCACACCUCGCUGACGAGUGCCGAAGGCGUGGAAUUCGUCCGAAACUUCAAGAUCUACGCGCCGCUGAAGUUGGCUGAUCGUCUGAAGAAGCGACUGGCGAGCGAAGCCCCGAUGCUGGAAUGGGAAAAUAUCGAGGGCGACGAGUUCGAAGAUGGGUUUGAGGACGUGCGAGCUGCUGGUCCAAGCGAUGGUACAAGUGGUGGUACAAGUCGGGGAACAAGUGGCUGGACCAGAGUCAAGCAUCGGUAGAUAGUCCCAAGUACUCUUCCACGACAGAGGAGAACACACAGAGGCUGGGGUGAUGACGACAGCUGCGGUAGGCAAUAAAAAACCAUACCAUAUCUUGAGCCCACCUGCCCUACCCUACUCCAUGA